GCGGGUUAGCUAGCGGAAGCCCUGCCGCUUGCAGCUGCCGAUCAACUGGUGUCUGCGCGCCUAUUAGCAGACGGUGGUUGGCGAGCAGAGGGCGAGGGCGGUCCAACCCGCUCGCAGUGAAGAGGUUCCCUUGAGUUUAAGGCUCGGAAAGAGGAUGGCGGACAAGAUGACUACAGGGUCCAGGGACGGUGGCGGCUUCUUGGAUUUGAACUAUGGAAGGUCGUUCGCGGGCAUCUUGAAGGCUGUGCAAGCGAUUGUGAUAUUCAUAGCAUUCCUGUGUAUAACAUGUUCGGACUGGACUCACUACGCAACAUUCCGCUAUUUUGAAGUUGUCACCAUCUGGUUUUUUAUUAUGGUUUUGGUAUUUUACAUAAUUUACCUAACAAGACUUCACCAAAAGAUGACUUGCAUAAACUGGCCACUAACAGAGUUCCUGCACUAUGUCAUUGCGACCGUCCUGAUAUUGGUUGCGUCGAUUAUUGGAGCAUCCAAGGCAUUUGGCUAUGCUGGAUUAGCAGCUGGAGUGUUCUUCGGCUUCGCAUCAACAAUUCUAUACGGCGUUGGGGCCUGGCAGUCCUACAAGAUGUGGCGUGUUCCUCAACCAUCAACUGUUACUGUAUAACUGAUCUCAGUGUCAGAAAUUGGCAGCAGUUUCAUCGGAUUCAUAUAUCCAGAGACUCAGUUGUGUUCACCCUUGAGAUCUGAAGAUUCAAUUUAUAUUAACUGUGCUUGAUAAUAUUGUCAUUCGACUUAAGAAGUUAAUUAUUUUUAUAUUUUAUAAAUUAGCUAAUGUAAAAUUGUACCAAAGACAAGAUGAACAAAAUAUUUUAUAUAAAAGCUUAAAAGAUACAUGAUUUCAUUCUGGUUCACUAGUGUUAUACCAUGGUACUGAGGCAGAGUCCAAAACCAAAGCGCUCAAUAUCCCUUUCAUGAGAUGUCACAGAUGCGUCCUGACCUGCUAAGUUCUUCCAGCAGGUUGUUUGUUGCUCCAGAUCCCAGCAUCUGUAGUCACUUGAGUCUCCAACGCUACCUUCAAAUCUUCUCCCUUCCCCCUCUACUCUGAGCCUCUCUUCUCCCACCACAUUUACCUCCCUCCCUAAGGUAAUAUCAACCACCUUGACUUGUCCAUUCUCUCAUCCACUCGAACCUUAACCCCUCCAAACACGCAACUCUCUACACGCUUGGAACCAAUCCCAAACGCACAAGCGAGCACAGUGCCAUUGAGGUCUGGUGGAAUGUCCUCUAUGGUGUAGAAGCUGGAUGGCAACACUCGGACACCUCUCCCAGGAACAUGCCCCCACGAACACCAUGGUUUCCCAUACCAUCACAGAUCUUCCCUCUACUGUUUUCAACCUAAUAGUGCCCCAUUCCUACCUAUCUCCUUCAUUCGUGAUGCAGUGAUGAAUUUAAAGUCUACAGAUGCUGCUUGACUUCCUGAGUCCCUCCAUCAUUUUGCUUUUGCUCCAGAUCCCAGCAGUUGCUUGUGUCCAUUACCACAUAGCAUUUUUGUUGCAAGUGCAAUUUGUUCAUUAAAUAUGUAAAAGUUAACCAACCUUUAUAAUGCUUUAGUGUUCACACCUUUAAAAUUACCAAUAAAAAUCCUCCGUGGUUUGAAAGUACCAUUUUAUUUUUGACAUGCUGACAUAAGGUUUUGAUAUUUUGUGCCAGACAGGAAACCUGCCUGACUGACUUUAGUUUCAAUAUAUGUUCUUGUGCUUGAUGACAUAUUGUAUGGAAAGAUGCCUUGUAAAUAAAAUAAACUGUUUUUUCUGUAUCCU